AUGCCAAAGAUAUCAAAUAUAGACAAAUUUAUAGAACUAUCAUCUGAUCUAUUAUCAAAUUAUCCAUCAACAACCCUAUCAAUAACAUACACAUCAAAAAAGAAGAGUAAAAAAACAAUAGAAGACGAUAAAAUCUCAAAAGAUUCAAAGAAAGCUUCAAAUUCAGUUAAUUUUAAAUUAUACGAACCUCAUUCCGGAAAAUGCUUGAAGUUCAAUACUUCAAAAUCAAAAGAAUUAUCCAAAUUAUUAAAUUUCAUAGGUCCAAGGGGUGUAAGUAACCAAAAUCAAAAUGUAAUUGGUUUAGCUAGUUUAAUGACAAAUGUAAAAUAUGAAGAUAAAGAACAACCAACAGAACAAAUAGACGAAAAAGAACAGACUCCAAUAGUUGAAAAAGAUAGUGCUCCUGUAAUACAAAAUGCCAAUGCUACUAGUAGUUCUUCGAAAAAGAAAAAGAAGAAUAAAAAGAAAAAGAAUUAA